AUUUCGUUUACAGUUACGUUUCAUUAUGAUGUCCUUAAGAUUUCUGUUGUUUGGAUGCCUCUUCAGCAUGGCAGUGUCUCAAAGACGGCAUGGGCCUCCUCCUGGACAUCGUGGACCACCACCACGAGGCCCUCCACGAGGUGGCCCACCAGGAGGUGGUCAUGGUGGACCCUGUGGACCUGAAGGUCCCCCUGGUGGACCAGAAGGACCAGGUGGGCCAGGAGGACCAGGAGGACCAGGAGAAUGUCUCAUGCCCCCGGCAUGCAAAAACUUCAGUAGAGCUAUGCGAGAGGAAAUGCAUGCUAUGCACGAGAGGGGAGAAGGAGGUCCAGAAAACUGUCCCGAUGAAGAUCACGAAGUUUGCAGAUGGAAUGAUAUGAUGAAAGCCCGUUGCAACGUACAAGAGGAGCUAGCAGUAGAAUGCAUGCAGGAAAUGAGCAUGUUCAUGAACGCAGAAUGUCCAGCGAUAAAUGAAGCAACAACGUAUGAAUAGACGACUUCUAGGAAUCCUUAAUUUGAGAUAAAUAACGCGUAAUACGUGAAUUGAAAGCAGAAAGUAUAAUGUGUAGCAUGUUGUGUAACGCACUGAAGAUAGUUUUAAAAUGCUUGUAUAUAAUUAAAUAAUAACUUACUUUUAUUAAACGCUGCAAACUUUUACAAACUA